AUGGACCAAAUCAACGAUUUGAUCACUGAGAAAAAGACGAUACAACGAGGGGGAGACACAUUUGAAUAUGUAGUGUUAAGGAAAACAUUGCUACCCCGAGAAGAACCAGUGGAAGUCAAUUCGACAUCUUCGGAAGAAGAAUCUCCAGUUCGUCCCAAGAGGACGCGCCACAAGCAAAUGAAACAAGACGAAGAAGAAGAGAAGAAGAGAGUAGAAGAAAUUAAUAUGCAAACGCAGUCUUCUUUAGUCAUCCGACAAGUUUUAACGAAACACAUUCCAAAGAAUGACUCUGUGCCGAUUUCAACGAUUUUCAAAUACUUCGUUCCUUCGACGGAACUCUUUUACCAAACGUAUCCGACAGACAAAGUCCUCUAUUUGGUCCAAUGGCAAAACUUUUCAUUGACGGAAGCAACGUGGAUAUUGGAAUCCGAAGUCAAUCCGACGAUCGAUAGAGACGGCAUUGUCGACAAAUUCAACGAGACGUGGAACUUGGACUUACCUUUGAAAGACCUUCAAAAGAGAAAACAUAAGGAGGUCUUACCGUUCAUACAAGAAAUGGUUCCUACGCAGUUACUGAUACCGUCGAAGAUCAUUCAAGAGCUCCCACAAGUCGACGAAGCGGGAAAGAGUUCGACGAUGUAUCGCGUGAAGUGGCCGGGGACCAUCGACGUUUUUGUCUCCGACGAAGUCUACAAUUUCUUCACAACCGAGCGAAAUGCGUCGCUCUUACAGCGGUGGAGUAAUGCGAUAGGAAGGUUUCCAAUUACAUUCAAUGACGAGGAAGAAGAAGUCCAGUCGCAGAUUGAAGAGGGGUUUAAGAGUGGACAAGAUAUUUUAUUUACUGGUGGAUAUGGGAAGAGAACAGCUGCACUUGGGUAUAUGUUUCAUGCAUUUAAAAAGUCUCGCUGUAAUAAGGCCGAGUUAAUUGUAUGUGAUGAAAGUACUUUACCGUAUUACACCAUUCAACUUCCUUAUUUAUUCCCCGGCGUGCAACUCACGUAUAUCGUCAAAUUGCCAACAUCAGAAGUGUUGGAGUCGUUAUAUGAAUUGGAGUUGUAUGACGGCGAUAAGUUAAAACCACAAAUUGUCGUGUUGUGUUGCAAGAAGUUUACGUUCAAGAAAGGAAUCAAGUUUGAGUGUAUGCUUGUGGAUGUCCAGGAAGAGGACAACAUGACGAUCAAAACAAUCCGAUUUGGACAAUGCGAGCGGUUCAUCGCGAUUUCGCGGAACGAAAAGACGUACGACGCACUCACGGCGUUCUUGCAAUGCAAAGCGCGGAACGAAAUUGUUAAAAUCCGGUUUGAUGGGAGUGGGCCGUCGAUCUACACGACUUUUGUGAUGAUAAAAAUGCAACAGAAGCAAGGAGGCAUUUACUAUGACACGAUGGAAUCGAUUCAAAGUGGGAAAUCGAAGAUAUCGUUAGCGGAAGACAUGCGCCGAGUGUUACUCUUUCCGAAUGUUUCUUCGUUCCAAAUGAAUGUGAAAGGGAUGAAGAUGACGGUGUGUGAGAAGUUUGUGCAAAUGUAUCGCAAUUUAGGGAAGAAGGUAGUGUUAAUGAGUCCGAUAGCAGCCGCACUGGACUACAUUAAAAAGGUGAUGCAAUGCAAAUACGUUUCGUGGUCAAAUUCGAUGAAAGAGAACAUCCAACAAGCGUCUGAAUUUGUGAAUAAGAAAGCGACGAUGUUGUGUGUCGACUCUAACGCGUAUAAUGAAGGAGUCGAUUUGUCUGAAGCGGACUGUCUCAUCAUGUUGGAUAACGACUACACCACUCGAAAGGUCGAAGAGAUCUGCUGGAAGUGGCGACUUGGGAUGGCGAAAGACCUUAAAAUUGUGUACUUUGUGUUUGAAGAUACGAUCGACGAAGACAAUGCGGCGAUGAUGCGAUGCGGCGACGGCAUUUUCUCGUUGCACGACAAGUCCUCGACGGCAAGAUUCUCCGUGUUACAAACGAAGAAGAUAUUGGGCGAGAAUUUGAACAAAGAGAUUGCUGAGACUAACGAGAAGCUUGUAGUCCUCCGAACUGGGUCCAAAGAAGAUGUCGAGAAAUUUGAGACGAUGAAACGUGAGAAUUUGGAGGCACUGAUGGAAGAAGAAAAGAAGCGCGCGGAGGAGCAACAACGCGUGAAUGAAGAGGAGCGCAUCAAACAAGAAGAGAAGAACCGUUUGUAUCGCGAGAAGAAGUCGAUGAAAAUAGUGAAGACGAAGAGUGGUAUGAAGAACAUCGAGUACUUAGAAAUCAACGACGACACUGCGAAGAAAAUGGAGUGUGAGAGUGUGAAGAAGGACGACCGGAAAAGAGGGAUUAGUGACUUAGUGAAAGAUGAAGACAUUCGUGUGUUUGAUUUGAAUGACGACAACAUGAAAUAUGUCGUCGACGAAGACACAAAGGGGGUCACCACAGAGCUCCAAAAGAUGUACCAAAAGAAGAUUGAAAAGGAGGAAGCCGUUGCUGUAGCUCAGCGCAUGACUUGCAUGAUGUUGAGGUAUGGACUUGAAAAGAAGAAUUGGCCGAAGGGUGUCUUCCAACAAUUUUCGACAAAAGCACAGAGACAAGUGAAAGAAAUUGGGUUUGAAGGUGUUCAUUUCUCUAAGAAGAUCCGAGAGAAUAGCGAGAAGUAUGCGAGUGUCUUGCUUGCGUUGAAAGAGAUGGAAGAUGGGAAGGAAGGCCCCGAGUAUCCCACCGAGAGUGAAUGGGGAGGAGCGACGGAUGUAGUUUUGUUAAUGGAAGUGAAGAGGUAUGGGCUUGAAUGUCCUGGGCUUUGGCUCAAGAAUUUGGUCAUCAAGUUCAUGUUGAGUAAAUUGGGGUACACGGACGAGCGUGAACGAAUGGAAUUUGUGACGAAGCGAUGUGAAGCUGUUGUUGGCUUUUAUUUGACAAAUGCGAGGAAAGAGCCAACCGUUAUUGAAGAUGGGAGUUCAAGUGAGAAAGAGAAGGAGGAGACCAAGAAGAUGGAAAUUGAGAGCAAACUCUUCCAAAGUACAGUUGUUUCAAACACCAAAGAGAAGGAAGCCAACACAAACAUCACUCAACUUGACAAAAUGGAAAUGGAACCAAUUACACCUCAGGUCGAUCUUUCAACACCUUUAAUGGAAGUUGAGAAGAAUGUCGACGCAGGUAAUACCAAACAACAAACAGUGACUCCAACACCCGUCGCAAAUAUACAACUUGUCAAAGAGAAACUUGAAACACCCAAAGAAAGUAAAGGAGAGAAGACACCACUCUUACUGCAAACAGAAAAGUCGAAUGAAGAUAUUUUGAAAGAACCCGGUUUUGUUACAAAGAAGGUGGAAGAGAACGAGAAGAGCAUCACGAUUGAGCCGAAGAAGAGUAUCGAACAAGUUCCCUCCAUUCCAAUAGAACCGGCAAAGUUAGAAAAGAAAGUGGAAGGGGAUACAGACAUGCACGUCGAAGAGCUUGCUGUCGAACCAAAGAAUAAUUGA